AAAUAGAAAGAAAUCGACUUGUUGACUAAUUAUAAGAAAAUAUCAAAUACCCUAGACAUUUGCUAUUUUCCCGCCAAAGUUAGAAAACCUUUGCUACUUUUGGACUUUGCUGCCACUCUUGUGACCGGCAAGGGGGCAAUAGAAGAAGCAGAGGUGGAAAACAAAGGGAGUUCCAGAGAUCGAAAACAUUCCGAAAAUUCUUUUUUCGGCGAGUAGAUAUUUUUGUUCUUAGUUUUGGGAGGUUGAAAAUAAGCAAAAUGCAUCCUCUCGCCAAGGAAGGCAGGCAACCAUUCACGAUUCACUGAGAUGCAGCUGGAAAAGGCCUCGGAACGGCUUUACAUCUAGGGUUUUACAAUCGAGGUUGCCCGAAAGUGUAGCAAAUUGUGGCCGAAAUCGUGUCCAAGACUCACCAGCAAGAUUCAAAGCUCCCUGGAGCCCUCAUUCGCCUCUUUUCCCAUGAUUGCUUUGUCAAGCUUUAUCUGGAACUUCCACAUUUUGUUUCGAUUUUCUUCUCCGAUAAGGGUUAAGGAUCAACGUGUUGAUUAAAAUCAAUUACACAGCUAAUAAAAUGGCAAUCAAUAUUGACCACUUGAGUCUGAAUCUUGGACUCGAAGAUUUGCUAAGGCCAUGAUCAAGAUCGGAAAAUAAAUGUUCUCACUCAGAGAUGAUGGAGAGAUAAGGAAAAACUGUAGAACCCUUUAACUAACAUUACGAUCAAUUAGCUUUGUGUAAAAAACAAUUGCAAAUAUAUAUCCAUGUAGUGUAUUAAAUCCACUCAUAUUAACGAUUGUAUAUACAUAUAAUAUAGAAGAGCCUAACAAAUUGUGAAAAAAUAACUUUGACCAUAAUAAACAUUCAGGAGCGGGAUUGACUUUAGGGUUUUACCGGAAAAAACCAUGUGUCUAGACUAUUGCAAUUUUAACCACCAACAACGAGGCAAAACAGAGGCAAACCUAAUUCACUCAGUUGUGUGAAAUCAUGGAAACUACCAAAACCCCUAACCACGCGGUUUGUGCAUUGUAUAUAAUCACAACCCCGUACCAUGUAUCCGUCGUGGUUGUGGCAAAAAAGAGAGAGAAAAAACAAUUCUACUAAGGCUGUGGCAUUGCAAGUCACAAGCAGUCAUCGAUCCUUCUACCAUGGAGAUAGGCCCUCGUUUAAUUACAGCGGCGGUUUUUGCCGUCACCUUGUGUUCCAUGAUCACUGUUCCUUGUUCGGCAGAUGAAGUGAACAACCCGGGGAAUGGGUUGCAUGUGGGAUUUUACGAUCGGAAAUGUCCCAAUUUGGAGGAAAUUGUGACUGACGUUGUGGCCAAGGCUGUAGAGACGGACCAAAAGCUUCCUGCUGGCCUCAUUCGCCUCUUUUUCCACGAUUGCUUUGUGAAGGGAUGCGAUGCAUCAAUUCUGUUGGAUUCAACGCCCUCUAACGAGCCCGUAGAGAUGCAAUCACCGGCCAACGGUGGAAUCCGAGGUAUCGAAGUCAUUGAAGAGAUCAAGGCUAGGCUAGAGCAGGAAUGCCCGGAAACCGUCUCAUGUGCCGACAUACUAGCCUUUGCCACACGGGAAGCUGUGGCUUUCUCCGGUUUACCCCGUCACCAAGUCCCCGCUGGACGCCGCGACAGCCGCACUUCCCGUGCCUCCGACGUCAUUCUUCCUUCUCCCGCAACACCAAUGGACGAGAUCAUAGACUUCUUCUCCAGAAGAAACUUGACCCCAGAGGAAAUGGUCGUCUUGUUUGGCGCGCACUCCAUCGGCACCGUCCACUGCAGCUUCUUCGACUAUAGGCUGUACAAUUUCGCACCAGGUCAGCCGCAAGAUCCUUCACUAAACCCAGUAUUUGCGGCUGACCUGGCUCAACAGUGCCCUGCACCCAACACAUUGCAGGGUGAGGAGGCUGAAAACAAGGUUGUUGACUUAGAUACUACACCGCUUGUCCUGGACAAUCACUACUACAUGAACCUGAUACAGGGGAGAGCAUUGAUGCAAUCGGAUCAGGCUCUGGCGACCAAUCCUCGCACCGGCGCGGAGGUGGCGAAACUGGCUAUUAGGUCUGAUUCUUGGGCUCGGCAAUUUGUUAGGGCCAUAAUUAAGAUGGGGAGAAUCAACGUUCUCACUGGGGAUGCAGGAGAGAUAAGAAAAAUUGUCGGAACUUUAACUAACUCUUAACUAACUAAGAUCACAUAUUUCAGCUCUUAAUUUUUAAACACCAAUUGUGGAUUGGCCUGGGGGAAGCUUGUUGUAUGUUUAUAAUGUAAAUCUUAAAACAAUUAAGCCAA